AUGUCAGACAAGCCAAUCUUUGUGGUUGCUCACCCCCGGGCUUGCUCCACAGCGUUUGAGCGCAUAUUCAUGACUCAACAUGAUACUAUCCACUGUUUCCAUGAGCCAUUUAGUGAUGCCUUCUAUUGUGGCCCGGAACGACUUUCUUCCAUUCGAUAUCCAGAUGAAAAGUCUCGGAUUGAGAGUGGUUUCAGCCAAACCACCUAUGCAUCGGUUCUGGAGGAGAUUAAAAAAGCGUCUGAGGGAAAACGGGUGUUCAUCAAGGAGCUCGACUAUUACAUCUGCGUGCCUGACGGAAAGGCUACCGCCAUCGCCCCAUCCUUAGAAGGUACUGCACGAAGCACCACCAAUGGGGCUGCAAAUGGCAUUACCAAUGGUACCGUGAAUGGUCAUGCUGCGACAAACAGCUCUCUCAAUGGCGUUGCAAAUGGAGCGACAAAUGGAGCGACAUAUGGCACUGCUAAUGGAGCCACGAAUGGUACCGCCAACAGAGACACAAAUGGAAUCACCAACGGAGCAACAAAUGGAACCACGAAUGGCCACACAAACGGCGUGGUGAAGAGCUGUGUCCACUGCUGCCCUUCAAACGGACACACAGAAACCAACGGCGAUUCCCACCAGAACGCCUACCAAACCUCCGCCGAGCCCGGAAACCCAACCGUCAUCCCCCUCGCAAUCCAAAAAAUGUUCCACUUCGCCUUCCUCAUCCGUGAUCCGCACUAUAGCAUUCCAUCCGCCUACCGAUGCACCAUCCCGCCGCUGCGCGAGAUGACAGAUAUCUGUUUCGACCCUCUCAAGGCUGGAUACAGCGAGCUUCGUCAGCAUUUCGAUUAUCUCCGGAAAGAAGGUCUUGUCGGUCCACGUGUGGCGACGAGACCGGAUCUGGGUGUGGAUGGGGAAAUCGCGAAGGAAGGUGCUGGUCAUGAGAUCUGUGUUAUUGAUGCAGAUGAGCUGCUUGAUGCGCCGGAGGCGAUGAUCGAGGAAUUUUGUAAGAGUGUGGGUUUGAAAUAUGAUCCUGGGAUGCUGCGGUGGGAUCGGGAGAUCGAUCAUGCGGUGGCUAGUGAUAAGUUUGAGAAAUGGCGCGGAUACCACGAAGAUGCGCUUCAAUCGGCUGGGCUGAAAGCGAGGCCUCAGAAGCGUGCAACGAAAACAAGGGAGGAAUUCGAUGCCGACUGGCGGGCGAAGUAUGGCGAGGAAGCGGCGGCGUUGAUCCGGCAGACGGUCGAUCAGAAUAUGCCUCACUAUUUGUAUCUCAAAGAGUUUGCUAUGCGUGUUUAG